GUAUAUACGCCCGUUCAGGUAAUUUAUGCUGCGGAAAUGUCGUCGGGCGAUGAAGAAGACACAGGCAUUGUUAUAGAUAACGGUUGUGGUAAAAUCAAGGCGGGUUUUGCUGGCGAUGACGCCCCGCGAUGCGUCAUACCAAACAUUGUUGGCAGCUUGGAGUCAAAUACGGACUAUUUCAUAGGUGAUGCGGCACAGAGUAAACGCGAUGUUCUAACCAUCAAGUGCCCAAUGUCACGUGGUAUCAUUCAAAACUGGGAUGAUAUGGAAACAAUAUGGAAUUACAUUUUUCACAAUCAGCUUCAUUGCUCCCCAGCUGGAAAACCCGUCUUUGUUUCAGAAGUUCCAUUAAAUCCAGGCUCCAACAGAGAAGGAAUUGCCCAAAUUAUGUUUGAAAAGUUUAACUUUUCGUCACUAUAUACCGCUCCAGAUCCUGUGUUUUCCAUGUAUGCUCAUGGAUCGGUGUCUGGAUUAGUCUUCUCUUCAGGGGAUGCAGUGACCUCCGUUUAUUCCAUUUUCGAGGGUUUUCCUGUACCGGAGAGUGUCAAGCGUAUAGACUUCGGCGGUUUGGAUGUAACUGAACUUGUUUCUACAUGUCUGUCAGAGAGAGGAUAUCAUAGCCUGUCACCAUGUGCUAAAGAUGUGUUCACCGUCAAAGAUAUCAAAGAAAAACUUUGUUAUGUGUCCAAAGAUUAUGAAAAGGAAAAAUCAAAGACUGUAGAAGAAAUUGCAGAAACCUAUAAACUGCCGGACGGCCAGACAGUGACCUUGGACGAGGCUAGGUUUAAAUGCGUCGAGCCGAUGUUCCAACCGUCUCUGUUCGGUCUCGAACACGAGGCUCCGGCAACUCUUAUCCGGAAAGUGAUCAUGAACGGGGAUAUAGACCUCCGUAAAUCUUUGUGUGAAAAUAUAGUUCUGUCUGGCGGAAACACGAAAUUUCCAGGAUUUGUGGAGAGAUUGAAGCAUGAGCUGGAUGUUAUUUUACCGAAAUCUUUGAAUGUGAAUGUACGAGCGCCGCCCGAGCGGAUAAACACUGUUUGGAUUGGAAUGUCAAUCCUGGCGUCAAUGAGCAAUUAUAAAGCAAUGUGGAUAACGAAACGAGAGUAUGAGGAAAAUGGUCCAAACAUUAUUCAUAGAAAUUCUGUGUAGAUACAAAUAGUACUAUUAAUAAGUCUGGGAUGCAUAUUUCAGUCCCUUGAUAGUAUAUACCCAUUAUGCCUAAAUAAUACUAUCUAAAGACAUUUUUUAACCGUGAAGUGCGACUGACUUGCAUUAAUGACACCCCGAUAGCAGUAGUUCAGCAGCAGUAGUCUCGUAUUCAUAAUUUUAACAUGUCCAAAACGUUGUGGAAUGAUACUAAUUUCACUUGGGUAUUGAUUACAUUUUACUCGGACUUUAUCAUAGACUCCCUGUGUAAAAUCUCAAAAUUUUAACAAAAAUAAAGGUAUUAAAUCGAUAUGAUAUUUUGAUGAAACUUCAAAGUUUUGUUGUUUGUAGCAUUAUCUGGAGCAUAUGCAGUGAAAAAUCUUAAUUUGAUUUCUACGAUAGUGUGAUAUUAAUUGCUUAAGUCACUAUAUGUUCAUUGUAAAUAUACUUCGUUUAUACCCAAGUGGAAACUGGCAGGUACUCGAAAAUGCAGCUCUCUGAUUGGUCAGUUAGAACCCCUAAUGUACUGUGAUGUCAUGAUAAAGUUAUGAAUACAACAAGAGCUGUCAAAUGACACCGUACUAAGCUAAAUGAGAACCUACUACAUACAAAAGCUUUAACAAAUUUCAGUUAAAAAAGGCGCAUUAUAAUUUUAUAAACUGUAAGCCCAGAUAUAAAACCUUGUACAAAAUGGUUAUUUCAUGAUGUCCGAAGACUUUUAUAAGAAUUUGAAAGCAUUGAUCAGGUCGGCGUGACGUCACAUCCGGAGCAAUCGAUUAUGCAAAUUACCUUGGAGGUGAAAGCAGGACCUCGCAAUUCGUAGCGAAUUAACUAGCGGUGUGGGUUGUGAUGUUUUAAUUCUCAAAUGAAACAAAUCAAGAGUCAUCUUUUUUAUCAUCUGCAGUCCUUACGCUAUGGUAGAUUCUACAAUCUAUAUAUUUUUCAAAAAAAGUAGGGUUUUUGUGAUAAUUGAUUUUGUGGCAUUUUAAAACGGUCUGGAAAACUAAAUAUCUGAGAACAAAACAUUUUUUUUAUUCAACUUCUUUGCUUGAAAUCGUAGCAGUUGUUUCUUUCAUCUCUUUCAAGUGUCUUGAUUUUUUUUUCUUUUUAAGAAAGAACAGAUCAAAUAAACAGUAAAUUAAUUUUCUGAUAUUUUUAUGUCUUUUUUAAAUAAGCUGAUUUUCUAAAUGUUUUAAUGCUCUGAAAUAAUUAUAUUGUUGCCAUUUUCUGAAAUGUACUUUGUGCGAUAUAUUUUAUUUAGUUAAUGUAAAAUGCUAUAAUGUCGAAGUACAUUAAGUAUGAAAGUCAUUUAAAUAAAGUUGAAAACUUAUACUUUAUUCUAUAUGUAAUCUUAUUGCAGACAUUUUUUUUUUUUUGAAGAAAUGUCCUUCCAGCCAAAAAAUAGUUUGGUGAAUUAAUUUUAAAGUUUCAAAUGAACUAAAUGUUCGGGCAUGUGUAUUGGUUAAAGUUUUUUAUGUAGUAGCUCUAUUAAUCCCUUUGUCAAUUGACACACAAAUAACAAUAAUGUGCAUCUUCCAAAUAUCAUAAGACCCUGAAGGCAUACAUCAAACAGAUAAGACAGGAAAUUACCAUAAGGCCCCGAAGGGGUACAUCAGAGGGAUAAAACAAACAGGAAAUCAAUCUAUUAAAAAGUGAUAGUCAUUAGGAACUGGUCAAAACUGAUUUUCAUCAAUAUACCACAUACUGAUUGGUUUGCAUAGUGAUUUAUGACUGGAAUGAAUGCUUUAAUUUUGUGGUAUGUGGAAGCAGUCAAUUGUGACAGUCUAACAAUUAACAAACAAAAAAUGGACAUUGAAAACUACAAGAUAUGACUAACAUUAUUCUAGACAAAGCGUGCAAAUUAUCGUUCUCAGUUUUAAAUAAUUGACAAAACAGAGAUCAGUAUUUUUUUUAGUAUUUUCGUAAUUGGAAGUCAUCAAUUUAUUGAUACGUCCUGGCUUUUCGUAAAAAAGAAACUAGCAUGCAGUUAUUAUAUAUAUCGUUUUAUCUCCGCGUGUAACACAGUAGCUCUAGAUGUCAUAUUACAUUUAAAACAAUUGUAACAUAUAAAAAACCGCUUUGUGUUAUAAAUGCUAUUGUGAUCCUGAUACCCUUCGAGGGAGAAAAAAAAUCCCUUCUCCAGUAUUUACGCAUAAUGUGCUAUUAAGCUUUAAAUUAUGACACCUCUCAUUAAAUUUCAUACGAAUGAGAAUUUAGGUAAGAGGUGUUGAUUUGAUUAAAUUUGGAGUGACUGAAUCACUUUUGACACCACAGUAUAAGCUAUCUGGCUUUCAUAACUAUUUUAAUGGCAGGCUACUAAAUAGAACGAGAAAAGUGAAACGAAUGGAGAAACCUAAUUAGAUGAAAUAGAUUUUCUGUUUUAUUUACUUUAAAAAGACCUCCGAUUUUUUAAAUUAUAAUUUUCAUCCAGUCCGUCACAAAUAUGAGACCUUGCAGCUUACACGGAUCAAUGAUGAAUAUCACGUCUGAAACCUAAAAAAGAAAGGUUUCUUUCUCGGGAGUGAUUUCUGGAACAUCAUGCUACAUUAAAAAUUCACUGACUUAUUAAUAUUGCCCAAAAUUUUACUUUAAGCAAAGAAAAACAACCAGCAAUAGUGAAACAUGAAACGCUUUUCAAUUACAAUUUAGCGUUUGCUGUCACCUCCGCUUGUUGCUACGCAACGCGAUACGCUGAAGUGCCCGGAUAUCCGACCUGAUCAAUUCAGUUCCUUAGAAAUCUGCUUACAUGCGAAACUUUCUAAGAGAAAAAUGGACAAGAUUCUUCUAAAAUGCAAGCUAGAAUUAUGUAACUUAUCAUGUGAGUUCUUCUAAUGAAGAUGAGGACGUGUCCAGUUCGAAAGUGUUACUGCUAACAUGUAACUUUUUGUGAUGUGCACAACGCGAAUACCGACACACUGAUAGUGCGGAUAGUCGAGCAAAAAACUGACAAAAAUAGCAACUACUCAUGCAUGUAUUCAGCCUUCCGAGGUACGACAAUCAGUCGCAUUCAGACAUUUUCAAAUUUUUUGUUAUCCAAGAAGACUAUGUACAACAAUCCAAGAGAGUUGUUUUAAGAGUCUGACCAUGGUAGAGCUGCAUUGAAAAGGUUGAGAAAACAAUAGACAGUGGGGUCGGACAUAAGAAAACUUUAUGUAUGUAAAUGUGGUUGUUUAUUUAAAGAUUUAAUGUAUAUUAAAUUUUAGAUAUUUUGGAUAUAAAGUUAUAUCACUGUGGGUUGUUCAUUUAAAGCUAUAUUGUUAAGUUUGGGUUUAUUUUGAAUAAAAAGGGCGUUAUUGUUUACUCAGGCAUAUUUUUUGUCCUAGAUUCUGUAGUGCAUGUACAUAUGUAUACAGUAUAGGACAGAAAUAAAUAUAAACAUUGAAAGGGAAAAUAAUUAAUUUAUUACUGCAGAUAAAUGAUGUUUUUUAAGUAUCUAUCACUAUUUAGCACUAAGUAUUAUUUCAAGUUUAUUAUACUGACAAUAUAAUGUAACCAGUAUGUACAAAAGCAGAAAUAGAUAAAAUAUUCAAGAAAGAGUUGUGAUUCUUGGACAAAGAUUCUUGCAUUGUGCAUUUGGUCUAUUGUCUACAUCUCCAU